AUGACGACACAAGCAGCAGGCCAAGUCAAGUCAAACGAUGUAGCACUCAAGCCUUAUGGCUUGGAAGCCGCUGAGCCGGCCUCUGAGCUUCUUAACCAAGGCCCCAAGCUCAGACCGUAUCAAGGUAUAUCACGAAAUAUCACGCACGCGGCGUCUGCAUGCUGAGCUACUGACAAUCCGACCCCGCUCACCCAAACAGAGGAAUGCGUCAUCGAGUGCUUGCAAGCAAUCAGCGAAGGAUCCAAGCGGAUAGGCGUCAGCUCUCCCACUGGGAGCGGCAAGGUGCGUAGCGUCUUUCCAACGUUCCCUUGUGUGUACUCCAAUGCAUUCAUCGACUUGGCCCUUCCCUCACAGACCACAAUUUUCACCUCUCUGCUAGCGCGCUUGCCGGAACUACCGGCCAAGUACGGCAGAUCAGCAAAUCAAGUACUCAUUAUCGUGUCCUCGAUCGAGCUAGCCCUUCAGACUGCAGAGGUGGUGAGCAGAACUUAUCCUUCCUUACUGGUCGAAAUCGAGCAAGGCUCUAAGUUUCACGCUACAGGAGCAGCCGACGUAACAGUCGCCACCAUCCAAACGCUGAAUAGAUCGGAAGAACGAUUGAACAAAUUCGAUCCAAGGAACUUCAAAGGCGUCAUCGUCGAUGAAGCGCAUCAUGCUGCAAGUCCAAGCUACAGGAGCGUCCUCCAUCAUUUCAAUCCAAAUGUAGGGCGACCAGAGACACUCUCGCAGGAUGACGUUGAAGGAGACGUGAAGCAGCCUGUUUUCCCGAUGGAAGCUGCACUUGCCAAGCACGACUUGCCGAUCGUCGGAUUCUCAGCUACAUUCGCACGGCACGAUGGUGUGGCUCUGGGCUCAGUCUUUGAGCGCAUAGUCUUCCACCGAGACUUUUUGGAGGUGAGCUCGGUCUAUGUGGGUGAGUAGGUCUAGGUACUAACGUCAACAUUGAUCCCGCCACAGAUGAUUGAGGAGGAGUGGUGAGGCUAGGUCAAAGCUCAAAUGAGCUGCCCAAAAAUGCUGAGCUGGACCCGCUUCUCUUUGCUCCGAUCAGGCUUUGUCCAGUGCGCUUCACUGCUGUUCGAGCCUCCAUCGACUUCUCCGAAGUGCGGCUCACAGGGCCUUCAGGAGAUUUUUCGCCAACCUCUCUCGCUGCUGUUGUGGAUAAGCCGGUGAUCAAUCGCUUGAUAGUUCGCACGUGGCUCGACAAAGCGAAAGGUCGUCGCUCAACGUUGGUCUUCUGCGUCAAUAUUGCUCACGUGGAAUCACUGACUGCCGAGUUUCGUCAAGCUGGCAUCGACGCGCGCUGGCUACAUGGCUCUACGCCCAUCAGGGAGCGAAGGCAAUUGUUGCAAGACUUCGAGAAUGGGGUGUAUCCUGUCCUCGUAAACUGUGCAGUCCUCACAGAAGGUGCGGAUGUACCCGCCAUCGACUGUGUGCUCCUCGCCAGGCCUACACGCAGCCGGAACUUGUUCUCUCAGAUGAUUGGAAGAGGAAUGCGUCUCUCCCAGGCCACUGGAAAGCAAGACUGCCUCAUGCUGGAUCUGGUCGGCACGCUUGAAAGGGGCGUUGUGUGCAGCCCUACCCUUUUCGGUCUAGAUCCUGAUAGCGUCAAUGGUGAGCGAGAUGCCUCCAGAGCGCAGCGAAAAGCAUGUACACACACCUCAACACGCCUUCCUCUGCACCCUCAGAAGCAAGCCUUGAAGACUUGCGUGCCCAAGCUGACUCGCGGGAGAAGACCAGCGAAGACUCUCAGCCGGCCAGUGAGACUGAGGAGACCAACGAGACAGAGAUCCCCGAUCCCUCGAAGGUUACUUAUGAAGAGUGGGGUCCGCUCGAACUGCAACGAGCAAUGAUGUCGCGAACCAGAGGCAUCAUUGAGCGGAUGAGCCCAAAUGCUUGGGUCGAUUGUGGAGAUGAUAUUUAUGUGCUAGACUUGCCGCCGAAGAGGGGAUACGUGAAGGUCGAGCGAGACGAAGAAGGCAAAGCGGAAGGGAAAGGAGGUGAGACGAUGCAGAAUGGGAAUGUGUUUUGCCUGCUCCGAGAAGCUUAUCCGAUUGGUCAUGCGCGACAAGAAUGGGUCGCACACUUCACAGCGCGUAAUGCGGAUGCCGACGAAGCGGCGGCGGCAUCGGGGGGCAGUUCGAAAGGAAAGAAGCGUUUGUCUCCUUUCCGGCGCCCGACGGAACUCUUGAGAGCCAGUGAGCUCGAAGCCGCCAUUCGCGGUGCCGAUUCAUACGCCAAUGGACGCGUUGGCAGAGGCCCUCAAGGGACUGGUCUGCUAGCGAGGUCGUCGCCAUGGAGAUCCAAACCUUCCAGCGAGAAGCAACGCGCUUUUGUAGAGAAGCGACUGGGUCUCGACAAGACCAGGGCAGCGCUAGCAUCGGUGCAGGACGCCGAAGAAGACUCCCGAAGAAGCGAAUGGAAAAUCAAAAAUCGGUCGCCUCGCCCGGGAGAUGCCUUGCCUGCUCUGACAAAAGGUCAAGCCAGCAUCAUCUUGACGAAAUUGCAGCACGGAGCCAAGGCGAGAUGGGAGAAGCAAGCAAAGAAGCAUAACAAAGCCGUCAGGGAGAAGAGAAAAGAAGACGAGAGGAAGGCCAGAGAGACUGUGCAAGUAGGCCCCUUGCCUUCUUCGUAA